CAAAACGCCAAAACGCAACGCAACGAUAGCGAACACAACACAACACAGUAAGUAAAGAGAAGCAGUUUCCAGUCUCCGUCAGUAAAACGAUGGGCGACUUCACGGUUGCGUUAAACCCUCCCAAAACCUUCCGCUCCGACAAUCUCCUAUCCACCACCAACCGCAUUUCCCCAGCGGCGCGUGGCUUUCAAACCUCACUCGCGUUCAAACCGCGCGUUUUUCGAGGAAUCCGUGCUUCGGUGAUGCCAAGAGAGGGCCAGCCACAACAACAACAACAACAAGCGUCGUCUCUCGGAGACGCUCUCGUCAACAGUCCGCGCCGAAACGACGUCGUCGAGGCCAUCGGAAGAACCGCAUCGCUCUCCAACUGCCUCUCCGAAACGAACCUCCACGCCACCGUUCCCGGCCUCGAGUCCAAAACCCGCGGCAAAGUUCGAGAUAUAUACGACGCUGGGGAUUACCUCGUUUUGGUGACCACUGAUCGGCAGAGUGCGUUUGAUCGGAUUCUUGCUUCCAUUCCUUUCAAAGGCCAGGUUCUCAAUCAGACGAGUUUGUGGUGGUUUGAAAGAACUAAGCAUAUCGUCUCUAAUGCGGUUGUAUCAGCUCCAGAUAACAAUGUUACAAUAGCUAGGAAAUGUUCAGUUUUCCCAGUUGAGUUUGUUGCUAGAGGGUUCGUCACUGGAAGUACUGAUACAUCUCUAUGGACAGUCUACAAUAAAGGCGUUCGGAACUAUUGUGGAAAUGUCAUCCCAGAUGGAAUGGUAAAAAAUCAGAAGUUGCCUAAAAAUAUACUCACUCCAACAACCAAGGCUGCAGAUCAUGAUGUUCCUAUCACUCCAGAUGAGAUCAUAGAAAGGGGACUGAUGACUCGAGCUGAUUAUGUAGAAGCAAGUGAAAAAGCAUUAUCCUUGUUUGAAUAUGGACAGCAAGUGGCUUUGGAGCAUGGCCUCAUAUUGGUAGACACUAAGUAUGAGUUUGGGAAGGCAAAUGAUGGUUCAAUUAUGUUGAUUGAUGAGGUCCAUACUCCUGAUUCAAGUAGAUAUUGGAUUGCCAAUUCUUACCUGGAGCGCUUUCAAAAUGGUCUUGAGCCUGAAAAUAUUGACAAGGAGUUCUUGAGGCUGUGGUUUAAAAGUCACUGCAAUCCAUAUGAAGAUGAGGUCCUUCCUGAUGCUCCUGAAGAUCUUGUCUGUGAAUUAGCCUGGCGUUACAUUUUCUUGUAUGAGACUAUAACAAAAUCAAAGUUUGAGGUGCCCUUGACCGAGGAGCCUAUACAUGACCGAAUUUCACGAAAUGUUGCAUCUGCACUGUCAUCCUUAAAGUAGCCUGGGAAUUAUAGGGCACUGUUGUAAUUCUGUAUUUUAAUAUCUUACUAUAAACUAUAUCAAAAACUUAAAUUAAUGGAGAACUUCUCCAAGCAAGUUUUUAUUUUUCCUAAGUAUAACUUAAAGCAGAAAGGCAAAACAACAGACAGUUUUCAGAAAUUUGACAUGUGAUUUUUUUUAAGAAUAAAGAGCUGUUUUUGGAAGCAGAACCCAUUGUGUCCUUUGCCUUGUAUAUUUCAUUGCGACAGUACGAGAAUUAAAUAUUAUCUGUUCUGUAUGAGGAAUUAUUUGCGCAUGUUA